AAAACUCUAAUCUGCUCUGUCUUUUCUUGAGGGCGGGGGCCCCGCUGUUGCCAUGGCGACGAUGGCUGUGGCCCACCUGGCGCGACUCGAAACUAUAAAGCGGGAGGCCGCGGCGAGGUUCUAAGGCGGCUGGAGGACGCCAUGAGGGGGGCAGCGGGUCUGCUGGGGAUGCUGGGGCUGCUCGGCCUGCUGCUGGGGGGCGGGCGCGGACAGGGGCGCGUGUACGUCAACCACUGGGCCGUACGCGUCCCCGAAGGAAGCCUCCAGGCCCAGCGCCUCGCCCGCAAGCACGCCCUGCUCUUCCUCGGGCAGGUGAUUGAAGGAGAGCCCUAUUUCCACCUGAAGCACCGGGGCUUGGCCCAGAAGUCCUUGAGACGGCAUCGGGGAUGGAACCUCCGCCUAGAGAAAGACCCAAAGAUCCUGUGGUUCGAGCAGCAGACACUGAAGCGGCGCGUGCGGAGGGCGGUGCCCAGUGACCCCUGGUUCCCCAAACAGUGGUACAUGAACCAUGAGCUGCAUCCGGACCUGGAGGUGCUAAGCGCUUGGAGACAGGGCUACACGGGAUCUGGGGUCGUGGUCAGCAUCCUGGACGACGGGCUUGAGAAGGACCACCCAGACCUGGCCCCCAACUAUGAUCCUUUGGCGAGUCAUGACUUCAAUGACAAUGAUCCUGAUCCUCAGCCGCGAUACAAUCCCUGGGAUGAGAACAGACACGGGACGCGAUGUGCAGGUGAGGUAGCUGCAGCCGCCAACAACGAUAUCUGUGGAGCCGGCGUCGCCUACAGAGCCAAAAUUGGGGGGGUGCGGAUGCUGGAUGGUCCAGUGACGGACGUGGUGGAGGCCCAGUCCUUGAGCCUGCACCCGCAGCACAUCCACAUCUACAGUGCCAGCUGGGGUCCCGAGGACGAUGGGAGAACUGUGGACGGCCCUGGCUUCCUGGCUACCAAAGCCUUCCUCAAAGGGGUGCUCAGUGGCCGUGGCGGCUUGGGUUCGCUCUUUGUAUGGGCCUCGGGGAAUGGGGGCCUGCGCCGUGAUGACUGUAACUGUGACGGCUACACCAACAGCCUCUACACCUUGUCGGUGGGCAGCACCAGCGAAGGUGGGCGGGUGCCCUGGUACAGCGAGGCCUGUGCCUCCACCCUCACCACCACCUACAGCAGCGGGGCUAAGGGCGAGCGGCAGAUCGGAGGAAGGAGACGGGUGUUCAGAAUGCUGCAUUUCUGCAAGUCUGUGAGUCACUAUUACGGAUAUGGGCUCCUGGACGCUGGGGCCUUAGUGGCCUUGGCCACAACGUGGAAUGCCACUCGGCCACAGAGGCAAUGCGCUGUCAAGAUGCUCCAGCAGCCUAUACGGCUGGCGGGGCCGGGGCUUCGGGUCUCCCGGAACAUGACGGGGUCUUGCCUGGGGGAGAGCCGCUGGAUCCGCUCCUUGGAGCACGUCCAGGUCCAGCUCUCUCUGCGCUACAGCCGCCGCGGGGACCUGGCCAUCUCCCUCUCCAGCCCCAGGGGGACCCGCUCUGUCUUGGUCGACGUCAGGCCUUCCGACACCAGCCGCCAGGGCUACCGGGACUGGUCUUUCAUGUCCACGCACCACUGGGACGAAGACCCCCGGGGCACCUGGACCCUCCUGCUGGAGAACAAAGGGGACGCCGACAACACAGGGUUCCUGGAUGGUGCCACCUUGAAGCUCUAUGGGACGGAAGAGGACAUGAUGGCGCGGAACAGCCCAGCUGCCUUGAAGGGGGGCUGCUGGAAACCAGGCCCCAGCGGGACAUGUCGAGGGUGUGCUGCCCCUGCCGACUGCCCCCUGCCCUCCUCUUCCUCCUCCUCCUCCGUGCAGCUGGGCCCCAAAGAGAGGCCCCCCCGAGGCCCCGUCAGGAUCCUGCUGCCCCUGCUGGCAGCCCUGCUGGCCUUGGGGGCCCUCCUGUUCCUGCUCUUCCGCCGACGCCAGAGGAAGUGGGGCCCACCCCACGCCCCCCAGCCAGGGCCCCCCCACAGCACUCAUUCUCCUCCUCUGCUGCCACCUUGAGCCCCAGGGAGGAUUUCUGGAUGCUCCUUGGGUAUUUAUGCCCCUCCGAAAGCAAUGCUAAUAAACCCUUUCUCCAGAGUCCAGCCCUCUCCUGCUCAUUCUUUUCAACAGGGCCUUCUGAUGACAUUACUAAUUGGAAAAAAGACAUACAAUAUAUUCGAAGGAGAGGGGAAAGGGGUAUGUUUGAGCCCCACAGGCUGCUUCGUCCCAUUCACCACCUGCCUUUCAAGCCUCCAGGAGAGAGAGGCAGGUAAUAAAUUAUAAAUAAUUAAAUAAA